AUGCCGAAAAUGAAGUGGUCACUUCAACAUGACACUAUAUUUGGUCGCGAACUCCUUAGUUGGGAACUUUGGAAGUACCGUUCAGGCACCAGAGAGCGGGGAAACUGUUUAGACGAAAUAUGCAAAAUUCUGAAUAACAUCAAAGAGCCCCAAUUUUGCGUUUCGCAAAAGGGUUUGAGGGACCGUUUGAAAAUCCUGGAAAGGGAUUCGAAGGCCAGGAAGAGAGAGGCCGAGAGGGGCUCGGGAAUUUCCCCUGAAUACCGAGAAAUGGAUCAAAUAAUGGAAGACUAUAUGGAGAGAAGAGAGGAGGAGGAGAAGACCAAGGAAUCCCGCACUGAUGUGGAUCGAAACAAGGCAGAUCAAGAUAAAGCAGCAGGCGAGGAGAUGAGGGAGAGAGCCAUGGAGAGGCUAGCUCAGACUAAGAAGAGAAAUGGCAAAGAUGAACCACGAAAAAAGCGCCAAAAAAGUGGUGACACCCUUGACUAUCUAAGGGAGGCAGCGGAGAGGAACUCUCAGUUAAGGCGAGAUGAGCUGGACAUGAAGAGGAGGCAAGACGAAGCUACAGCUGCUACCCAGCAAGCAUUGUUCACUCAGCUGCGGGACCAGCAACAGUUACAAGUGCAGCAACAGCAACAGCAGCAACAGCAGUUUAUGCAUAUGAUGCAAAUGAUGCUGAACAGCCAGCAAGCGCAAACACAAGCAGUCAUUGAACUCUUAAAAAAGGGACCGUAG